AUGCUCGAGGUAGCGAGUGGUACGCUGAUCACCAUGCCAGUUCCACUCAGAGAUCCACUCAAUGAAAAGAGAGUGGAAGUGACACCACUUGAAACUGAUGUUGCGUGAGCAAUGAAUUUCACCCUUCGAUAUUUUUUUGCGACUUGUUUGUAGUGAGAAAUGUCACUCUCGAGUUCCCUCUGAUAAUCACAGAUCUUCAAUCUGAAAUCUUCCCCCGUCAGAAGAGAAGUAUAGAUAUGCGGUGGAGCAGUCGGAUGAAUAAUUUCAGCAGCCAUUUUAUUUAUUCUCAAAUUAUCUCGAUUUCAAGCCUCACUGGGAGACGGUUGAAAUCCAUAAUCUCACCGAAAAUUCUCAUGUUUAGGAUCUGGGGAGAGGAGAAAGAUCACGAUCGAAACGAACACUUUUGUUGGAUAGAUUUCCAAUGACAAUUGCACCCUUUGCGUUUUUGAACUGAACGUCCAACUGUUGCUUUUGAAAUGUUCUUUUGAGCUCUUCUUGAUGGUGUUGAGUGUGUAAUGACUCGAAGGAAUCUUUUCAAUCAUUGCAUUGCCAUGACCAUCAUCAGAGAUUGAAAUCUCCCCAUCCCUCUUCAACUUCUGUCAGGAGUUGUAGAAUGAACAACUCAGAAGCCUGAUGAAAACUUUGGGGGGGGUUCUUUGAAAUCAUUGGCAUCAGCGAUCACUCUGAGCACAACCAUUUUAUAUCAUCCCAGCAAUAAAUAUGUUUGCUUGAUUGAGAACAGAUGAUACGUAGAUAAUUGAUGACAAAGCAAGGGUGAGCCUGGAAUUAGUUCAAAGCGAGAUAUCCCAAAGUGGAUUUGAGCAAGUUUAACACGCAAGUGAAUAAAAAUAAAGGUAGUUAUCAGCCGAAGUUUAUUUUAUUCAUGAAAUGGAGUUCAGUCAAGUGUCUAAAAAUCAGACCAAAGAUAUUGGAGCAUUGA